AUGGUCUUCUGUGGACAAUGUGAUGUCUGGCUGAGCAUAUUGGUCUGAUCAUUUCAUUGUUGAUAAGAUAUUUGUGUAGAAGUGCCAGCAGAUGGCCUUCAGACUAUAGAUUAUAUGGUGAUAACUCAUGUCAUGAUAUUUACUGCAAAUCAUGCAUGUAUUGACAUAUGACCUAGAGAGAAAGGUCAAAGAUCCUUUCAUUUCCUCCCCAUUGCUUGAGGGUAGAUAACAAGAUGGCUAAUGUCCCAUACCAAAUGCUCAAUAAUGGUCACAAGGUGGCAGCCAUUGGCCUCGGAACAUGGCAGUCCAAGCCUGGUGAAGUGGUAACGGCUGUGUCUCACGCCAUCAAGGCUGGCUAUCGCCACAUUGACUGCGCCUACGCUUAUUUCAAUGAGGAAGAAGUGGGCAAAGGCAUCAAGGAGGCUUUGGAUUCUGGCUGCUGCAAACGAGAGGAUUUAUUUGUUACAACAAAGCUGUGGAACACCUACCACCGACGUGACCUUGUAACAAAGAGUUGUAAAGUGUCACUUGAGAAGUUAGGUCUUGAUUAUGUUGAUCUUUACCUCAUGCAUUGGCCCAUGGCCUAUGUGGAAGACAGAGAGGACUUCCCAAAAGGAGAGGAUGAUAAAUUCAUUUUUUCUUCCGCACCUAAUUCUGGAACAUUGGACACUUGGCAGGGAAUGGAGGAAUGUGUUGAGUUGAAACUGGCAAAGAGCAUCGGUGUCUCCAACUUCAACAGUCAACAGAUUGAAAAGAUUCUGAAGGUAGCAAAGAUAAAACCAGCCAACUUGCAGAUUGAGGCACAUCCAUACUUUAAUAAUGGAAGGCUUGUCAAGUUUGCUUUGGACCAUGGACUCACUGUUACUGCGUACAGUCCAUUUGGAUCACCUACCAGGAAUUGGGCCAAACCUGAUGAUCCAUUCAUUUUGGAAGAAGAAAAAGUGAAAAAGCUGGCAGAGAAAUAUGGAAAAACUCCUGGGCAGCUUGUCCUACGAUGGAACAUUCAGCGAGGGUUAAUAGUCAUUCCAAAGAGCGUCACACCGUCAAGGAUUGAACAAAAUAUAGAGGUUUUUGACUUCGAAUUGUCAGCUGAUGAUAUGGAAACACUCAAUUCCUUCCAUGGUGAUGACAAUAGAUCAAUCCAUCUGGACUGGGUCAAACAUCACCCAGACUUCCCAUUCAGCAUUCCAUUCUAAAACGUGUCAAGAUCUGGAAAAUCUCGUGACCCGGUACAGGCUUGAUUUUAAAACCCGAGUGACGUUUUGAUCAGGUUAAAGUUUAUUGUCAAGCAUUACAUUUUACAAUAUGUCAGGUGCAAGUAUGAAAUAGGGACGUUUUGAUCAGGUUAAAGUUUAUUGUCAAGCAUUACAUUUUACAAUAUGUCAGGUGCAAGUAUGAAAUAAAUGUUGUGAUAUA